AUGUCCGUAUCAGCCUCGAUUCCCGACACCUCGCUUGGUCUUACCUCCUCCGAAAUUCAAAUCCUCCGACAACAACAGCAGCUCGCACUUCAGGGUGGUCAUACUGGCGGUGGGGUUACCAGAGGCAGAGGGACUGGAAGGACCAGCAACGCUAGUUCGCGCGCUGCCAGUGCGGCCAGCAGUCAUGGUCGAUUGCUGCUCGAUCCGAUGAAUCUCAGAGCGCUUUCGCAUCAGUUGGAUAGUCUACAGGAACAGAUCCGGAAUCGUCUCGACUAUUUGGAAGAACAAAUGCAACUCUCCUUACAAAAUAGCACCGACCGCGCAGGAAAUGUCAUCCGCAACGCUGACGCUGAAAUCGCACGCACCCGUUCGAUCCUUACUUCGAUUGAUGACCUUGAAACAGAAUUUGCUAAAAUUGCGAAUAUCAGAGAAAUCGUCAAACAAUAUCGUGCAAGAAUUGAAGGACUCGAUCAGCGUCUUGACCAAGCUGCCCGACGGAGACGUUGA